AUGGCGGACGCCGGAGCUUUUUACCCUCCCCCAGCUUACACGGACAAGAGUGGUGAGCAGCAGCCGCAACAGGCAGAGGUAUGGCUUCCAACCGCAGCAGUAAGGACAGUACCCCCCUCAACAGGGACAGUACCCCCCUCAACAGAGGCAGUACCCCCCUCAACAGGGGCAGUACCCUCUCAGGUGAAGUACACCCCACAAGGGCAGUCCCCAGGGAAAGGGGGAUACGUGCAGAUGGAAACUACUACCGUGGCCAUGACAGAGCAGCCGACAACGAUGGUGGUGCACACCCGGGCUAAUGACUACAUGUGCCUGUCGCUCUUCACCCUCCUGUGCUUCUUCCCGCCGCUCGGCAUCGCUGCCUGCGUCAGGUCCUGCCAGACGCAGGACGCUAACAAUGCUGGAGACAUCAACAGGGCCCAGGCCGCGUCCUACAGCGCCAAACACCUGAACUACUGGGCGCUGCGCGUGGGCAUCGUCUUAUGGGUCUAUGCAGUCCUUUGGACCAUUCUGUCCUUCUCAGUCAAAAAAUCGGCUGGUAUACCGUAGCUAGGUAUCACUGGUUCACUGUACACUGUACGUAGGCGUGACUGGUUCACUGUGCACUGUAGCGAGGUAUUACUGGUUCAAUGUAAACUGAGGCUAUAUGUGUUACUGGUUCACUUUGCACUGAAGCUAGUUGUUACUGGUUCACUGUACACUGAAGCUAGGUGUUACUGGUUCACCUUACACUGUACACUGAAGCUAGGGCAGACUAGGCCAGGUCUUACUGUUGGCUUCAUCUUAGAUGCACGGUGUUCACGUGCGGAUUGGGCCGUUAGAUUUAAUUGUUCAUUUAUUUCUAACUUUUAGAUUUGUGGAAGUAUUCAUCAUAGACCGAAAUAAAUUGUCAAUAGAGCGUUACGUUAUCUAUUAAGACAGGCCCCUUCUUUAAGU